AUAGCAGCCAAUGGUAACAUUGGCUGAACCCCCUAUAUAAAUGCAGUGCAGCCCUUGCUCACACACAGCAGAUUUGGUCUUGGAAGCUGCUGGUCUUAAAGUGCAGACAGGGGCUGCUUUAAGUUUUUCUAUACAUCUCUACCAGUAAAGUACAACCAUGCCUUUUGGUAACACCCACAACUCGCAGAAGUUGAAGUACCCUGUGGAAGCGGAGUUUCCAGAUUUGAGUGUCCACAACAAUCAUAUGUCCAAGGUGCUUACCCCAGAACUGUACAAGAAGCUGAGGGAGAAACAAACUCCUAGUGGAUUUACCUUGGAUGAUGUCAUUCAAACUGGUGUUGAUAACCCAGGCCAUCCCUAUAUCAUGACAGUGGGAUGCGUCACUGGUGAUGAAGAAUGCUACGAUGUUUUUAAGGAGCUCCUUGACCCAAUUAUUGAAGACAGACAUGGAGGUUACAAGCCAACAGACCAACAUAAGACUGACUUGAAUCCUGAGAACCUAAAGGGUGGAGAUGACUUGGACCCAAAUUACGUCAUUAGCUCCCGUGUUAGAACUGGAAGGAGUAUUCGUGGUUUUUGCCUUCCCCCUCACUGUAGCCGUGGAGAAAGGCGUGCCAUUGAGAAGCUGUCAGUGGAAGCUCUUGCCAGCUUGGAUGGAGACUUGAAAGGAAAAUAUUACGCACUCAAAAAUAUGACUGAUGAAGAGCAGCAGCAACUCAUCGAUGACCACUUCCUAUUUGAUAAGCCAGUUUCUCCUCUGCUGUUGGCCUCUGGGAUGGCCCGGGAUUGGCCUGAUGCCAGAGGGAUCUGGCAUAACAAUAACAAAACAUUCCUUGUGUGGAUCAAUGAAGAAGACCACUUGCGUGUCAUCUCUAUGCAGAAAGGUGGUAACAUGAAGGAGGUGUUCAACAGAUUUUGCACCGGACUUACAAAGAUUGAAACCCUCUUCAAGAACAAAGGCUACCAAUUUAUGUGGAAUCAACAUCUUGGGUAUAUCUUGACUUGCCCAUCCAACCUUGGAACUGGUCUCCGUGCUGGAGUUCAUGUUAAGUUGCCAAAACUGAGCAAAAACGAGAAGUUUGCAGAGAUUCUCAAGAGGCUUAGACUUCAAAAGAGAGGAACAGGUGGUGUAGAUACUGCAGCUGUUGGAGGGGUUUUUGAUGUGUCAAAUGCUGACCGUCUGGGAUUCUCUGAAGUGGAACUGGUGCAGAUGGUGGUUGAUGGUGUUAAGCUCUUAAUUGAAAUGGAAAAGCGUCUGGAGAAAGGAGAAUGCAUUAAUGACCUGAUCCCAUCACAGAAAUAAAUGCACUUUAAUGGCCAUUGCUUUCUAAUUUAUUUGACUUAUGGCAGAAGUACCACAAAGCCAGCUCCUGCUUAGUAACACUGUAGUAAUGUCUUCCAUCCAUUCAUGUUAGAACUUUCUUUUUGAUGGCUGCAAUGUUACUGAAAAUAGAAAAUAAACCGUGGUUUUGCCUUCA